AUGUCAAAAGAAGAAUCAAAACCCCAAAAAUACAUUCCUGGUCCUAAUGAUCCGAUCCUACCACCUCAAUUAUCAGAAUUUAAAGAUAAAUCCACAGAUGAAGUUCUUGCUGAAUUGAAUAAAAUGCCCUUCUUUAUGACUAAAUUGGAUGAAAGUGAUGAAAACACUGAAUUGGAAGCUUUAAAAGCAUUGGCAUAUGAGGGUGAACCACAUGAAGUAGCUGAGAAUUUCAAGAAUCAAGGCAAUGAUUUAUAUAAAGUUAAAAGAUUUAAAGAUGCAAGAGAAUUGUAUAUAAAGGGUAUUGAUGUGAAAUGUAAAGAUGACAAAAUUAAUGAAGCUCUUUAUGCUAACAAAGCCAUUUGCGAGUUGGAGUUAAAGAAUUAUAGACGUUGUAUUAAUGACUGUAAAAUGGCUCUAAGCAUAAAUCCAAAGAAUCUGAAAUGUUACUAUAGAAUGGGUAAGGCCUUUUUUGCACUAGAUAAAUUGGAUGAAGCACAAGAAACUGUUGAUUUCGGUUUAAAAAUUGAUAAUAGUAAUGUAUCACUACAAAAUUUAUCUAAAAAUAUUGCAAAAAGGAUAGCUGAUCUAAAAGCAAUUGAAGAAACUAAAUUAAAGGAGCAGCAGGAAAAAGAAAAUAAGAAAAUAAUGUUAGAAAGUGCAAUGACCUUGAGAAAUGUAAAAUCUAUCACUACAAGAGAACCAGCUGAAUUGUUAAAAGAGGCUAAAGCUAAACUAGAAGAUCCCAUGGAUUUUGAAUCUCAAAUGAUUUACCCUGCAAUUAUUAUGUAUCCAACAACAAAUGAGUUUGAUUUUAUCGGUGAGGUUAGUGAAUUAACUACUGUGCAAGAGUUAAUAGAUCUUGUUAUGCAACGACCAGAAGAAUGGUUUCGAGAUGAAAAACACAAAAAUUUUUCUGCCAAAUCGUUGCUUACUUUUAUGGAAACAGAAAGUGGUGGGUUAAUUAAAGCUGGAAAAAAGCUUACCUUUCAUGAUAUUUUAAAAAAGAAACACCGUCUAUCCCAUUAUUUGAUUCUGCUUUAA